AUGUCUUUCAUGGUCCAUAGUCGGAAGGGCAGCAAAAAGCAUUUUCAAGUGGACCCUCUACUGAUGCCCAAAGUUCCUCGAAUCAAUUACAUGCACCUUCAGGAAGAGAAACACAGGCUACAGCUAAAGAAAUUCCUCCUUCACAGGAUGUUUCUUGUGGGCCACCUACAAGCCAAUGUGGAGAAAAAGCAGAUUACUGAAUACUUCGAGCACCUCUUCCAGUCAAUUCUGAAGCAUCACUUAGGAGAGACAGUUACGGGCUUAUUGCUCAUAUACUCAAGCACUUUUCUGCAUAUCCUUGAGACCUCCAAUGGCACGCUUUUCCGAAUCCUUUUAGAUUAUGUUGCCCAUGAGAAAGAAGACAAAGAAUUUAUCAUCCAUAACGUCAAAAUUAUAGUUGCUUCUCAUAACAUCCCCACAAGGUUGUUCAUGCAAUGGCAUGUUUCUGUCAUCAAGGUCCCAGUUCUGUAUCUAGAUGAUGUGACACAGUCACAGUCUCUAUCGGAAGUCAUCACAGAUUUUCUCACCAUGACUCACAAACUGGCAUUUCACCUUUUUAAGACCGUGAAAGUUGGUACGAAAGGGCCAGGUGACAACUUGCACCAACUUGCCCCUGAGCUACUCCUCCCAGAACAAACUAUCCAAUACUUGUGCAAAGCUGAUGAAUUCUUGGACCCAGCAACAUUCUUAAGCAUGUAUAACAGACCCAUACAUGUUACCCUGGAUUCUGAGAUUGUGUGGCCAGCUCCUUCCCGUUUAUAG